CGCCGGGCCCGCUCGCACGUGGCGGCGGUUCCGCCAUGAGCUGCCCGGUGCCCUGCGCCGCCUGGGUGCGGCGCGGCGUGGCCAAGGAGACCCCCGACAAGGUGCAGCUCAGCGAGGAGGAGCUGAAGGGUCUCAUCGAGGAAGCGCAGGACAGGCUAGGGGAUGGUGCUGGUGGCAGCAAUGAAGGUCAGACAGCAGGGGACACGAAUGUGGCUGUUGCUGGCAUCUCUCAGUCUUCCCAUAACAAUGAAGACCUGUCUGAUCAUGAACUGGAUGAAUAUGAUUUGGAAAAUUACGAUAAAGAGGAAUACACAGGUGAUUUACAACUUGGAGACUCUUUGGCUACUCUGGCAGUAUAUGGGAGUAAUGAUAAUGAUCCUUACAUCACCCUGAAAACCACUGAGCAAUAUGAACAGGAGGACUUUUUGAUUAAGCCCAGUGACAAUCUUGUCCUUUGUGGCAGAGUUGACAAAGACUGCUGUAGUUUGGAGGUCCAUGUUUAUAAUCAUGAAGAGGACUCAUUUUAUGUACAUCAUGAUAUUAUCUUGCCUGCUUACCCUCUAAGUCUGGAGUGGUUGAAUUUUGAUCCUAAUCCAGAUGAAUCAACAGGAAAUUAUGUUGCAGUGGGUAACAUGACUCCAGUUAUUGACAUUUGGGACCUUGAUGUAGUAGAAUCCUUAGAACCAGUGUUUUCUCUUGGAGGCAAGAAAGAGAAAAAGAAGAAAAAAAAAGGAAAGAAAAGUUUAUCUUCAGAAGGGACUGUGGAAGGACAUACUGAUGCUGUGCUUGAUCUUUCAUGGAAUAAACAAAGCAGGAAUGUUUUAGCAAGUGCAUCUGCUGACAAUACUGUGAUUCUGUGGGAUAUGUCUGUGGGUAAGCCAGCAGCCAGCCUGACGCUACAUACAGACAAGGUGCAGACAUUGCAGUUUCAUCCGUUUGAAACUCAGACCCUUAUUUCUGGAUCGUUCGAUAAAUCAACGGUGCUGUAUGAUUGCAGAAACCCACAAGAUAACCAUCGAGUGUGGAGGUUUAGUGGUCAGGUUGAGAGAGUAAUUUGGAAUCACUUUUCACCUUGUCAUUUCUUAGCAAGCACAGAGGAUGGUUUUGUGUACUGUCUGGAUGCUCGGUCUGAUAAGCCCCUGUUUACUCUGAAAGCCCAUGAUGAAGAGGUGUCAGGGCUACAACUAAGCAGUCAGGUUAAAGGGUGCCUUGUGACAUCAUCUGCUGACAAAUACGUGAAAAUUUGGGAUAUCCUGGGAGACAGACCAAGUUUAGUCCAUUCCAGGGAUAUGAAAAUGGGUGUUCUCUUCUGUGCAGCUUGCUGCCCUGACUUCCCAUUUGUUUUUGCCUUUGGAGGAGAGCGAGAAGGGCUGCGUGUUUGGGAUAUAAGCAAGAUUUCUGCAGUGAAUGAAGUUUUUGGAAACAGAGAGAGACUGGUUCUGGCUAGUGCCAACUCCGUGGCUUCCAGCUCCACAGCCAGCAGGAGCAGCAACGACUCGGAGACAGCAAUGGAAUCAUGAUGGACCAAACAUCAAAAAAUUGGAGUAAUUAACGGGACUACGACUAAUGUGUGUUCUACAAAUCCCCCUGUUAGGUGAGAGUUCAUGGAAAUGGCUCUAGUGUCUUGCAAUCUGCAGGCUUCAUCAUCUCGGACAAAGAAACGUGGUGGUGUGGUUAAACUCUUAAGUUCCUGCCUCUAUUACCGGCUUCGAAAGAUUAAAUCACUUGCUUUUGCCUGAGAUAAUGAUCCCUGAAACAGGGGGCUACCAUGUGUAAAGCUGACAUAUAAAAUGAAACAGUCACUAGAAAAGGAUUCUGUGGCUACCAGAAGUUUGUUAAAUACUGCAAAGGUUUUGAUCUUCUCCCUUCUAAGGGUACAAGAAAAAAUACUUCACACGACACUUGUGUAAUAAAUAAACAAAAACUGAAUUAAAUGGCAAGUGUAAAUAGAUAAUUUAUCCUUGAGGCUAGGUUUACAGAUUUCUAAUACAUAGAAGAUAUUUUAAAAUCUGUAUCUUUUUAAAUCUCCAGAGUAGUUCUCAGGUAAUAAAAUGGCAUCCCCAGUAGAAUCUUGAAAUGUAUUUCUAACAUUCAGCUCACCAAUAUCAAACCAGAAAUAUCCCAGUUCCAUCCAUCAAGAUUGGGUGUUUCUUUUCCCUGGUUCCACAGCACCUGAAGCCAACUGACGCUGCACAAGGUAUUGAGUUUUUCUUCAAGCUCCAACUGCAGUAUAUUUUAAGAGAAUUUGAACUGAAAGAAGGAGCUGCAACUUGGAAAGGAUGAGAAGCUGUCAGGAC